CUCACUUACAUUCGGUUACACUCGCUGCCGGACAGUCUCAUUUCAAAAUCCAUUCACUUCGAACAAUACCAUUUCAAUCAACAUGAGGGUCUCUCUGGAUUUGACAUUCGGACUCGUGCUUUUCUCAACCGUCAAUGCUUAUGUCAUUCCUUCUCGCAACGUUGGAGCGGACUACGUGCUUCCUUCCCGGAGAAUCGGAGCGGUAAAAGGCAUUUCCUUGUCACCCCACGCCAAUUCUAUCCAGCGUGAUGCAGAAGUCGGCCAUGGAGUUCACCGCCGCAAUCCUCAAGGCCUGAUGAUCGGAGGUCUUACUCUCGGUGGACCAGAUGGCGGCAUUACCGGAGAUGGCCUUAACCUCGGUGGCAACGGCAACAAGGGAAACGGCACUGCGAUGGCUGCGGGAGUGAAGGGUAAGAAGCCUAAGAAAGAGAAGGGAAUGAAGGGAGAGAAACCUGCUCCUGCUGAAGGAGGAGAGAAGCCAGCAGGAUGCGCCGCUCCGCCUCCUGCUGGAGAGGGGGAGAAGCCCAAGGGAGAGAAACCGGCUCCUGCUGAAGGAGGAGAGAAGCCAGCACCCCCUGCAGGAGGAGAAGCACCCGCUGGUGGAGAAAAGCCCGCACCCCCUGCUGGAGGAGAAGCACCUGCUGAGGGAGACAAGCCUGCUGGAGGAGAGGCACCUGCUGGGGGAGAGAAGCCAGCACCCCCUGCCGGAGGAGAAGCACCCGCUGGAGGUGAGGCACCCGCUGGAGAAGAGAAGCCAGCACCCCCUGCAGGAAGAGAAACACCCGCUGGUGGAGAAAAGCCUGCACCCCCUGCUGGAGGAGAGUCACCUGCUGGCGGUGAGGCACCUGCUGAAGGAGGAAAGCCUGCUGGUGGUGAGGCACCUGCUGGAGGAGAGGCACCCGCUGGCGGAGAAGCACCUGCUGGCGGAGAAGCACCUGCUGGAGGAGAAGCACCUGCUGAGGGAGGAAAGCCUGCUGGUGGUGAGGCACCUGCUGGAGGAGAAGCACCUGCUGGAGGAGAAGCACCUGCUGAGGGAGGAAAGCCUGCUGGUGGUGAGGCACCUGCUGGCGGAGAGGCACCUGCUGGUGAAGGAGCACCUGACGGUGCUAAGGCGGAGUCUGUGGGCGGAAACAAAGCUACUGAAGAGUCCGAGAAGUUCUCUGAAGAGUCUGGUAUCAGCCUUGGCAAGUCUGGCGAAGCUGCCAACCUCGGCGGAAACCUAGGAAUCACAAAGGGCUCUGAUGGUAGCAGCUCUGUUGGAGGCAAGAACGGUAUUAACGUUGCCGCUAGCGGAUACUAAGCAACCGUUACAGACAACAACUAGGUGUGGAUCAUAGAGAUGUCUCUGUCCAGCCUCCUGGCUGAUACAUCUCGCACUUCUCCUCCACAUAUUCAAGCAGCUAGAACGUCUCUUUCAUGGUGUCGAUGCUGGUCAUGUUUCGCUUUGUUCAAUAUUGCUGCCUUCUCUCACCUGGUCUAUGGUAGUGCGGUGAGAUAGUUUAUAGUUCAUCACUUGUACAUACAAAAGAAUGUUAUUCGACGC